AUGUCUGGCACUGACAAUACCAACCCUAUACAGGACAAAUCAAAGACUUGGGAACAGUGGAAUAUUGAAGAAGUGUAUGGAUGGGCAAAAAAUCAAUCCGAUGGGGAGGACUAUGCUCAAGCAUUGAAAGAUCAAUCCAUCAAAGGGCAGUUUUUGAAAAAUCUUACCUUUGCAAGAUUAACUCAAUCAGACGGUCCCUAUAAAUUCAAAGAUGGUUCUGCCUAUUCUCUCCUUGAAUCCAUCGAAAAGCUCACGAAAAACCCAUCUCUUUUUCCUCUUAGUCACUACUUUUGUCAAACAUACCUAAUUGCUGCAUCAACCAAUCACCAUCAUUCAAAUCUAGUCAUUUUGUUUUGCUUUGUUUGUUCUCACAUUACAGGCCUUCACUUGCCUCAGUGUUGUUGGUCAAUCUAUCUCCAACUAUUCCAAAUAUUAUAUCAACCAAUCACCAUUCAUAUCACUGGCUAUAUUCACUAA